AUGAUGCAGCCUCAAGUAGUCAUUACAAGCCUCACACUGCUCCUGACUGAUGCUGUAGUUUCUUAUCCACAGAAAGUAAAGCAGAGGGUGAGCCUGUACUGCUACCCUGCACCUCGAUGGAAGCACAUGUACUUUAAUAUAAAGGGGUACCUUUUGAAAGGGAUUGGGUCUUUGACCAUAGAGAAUGCAGCUAAGGCAGACAGUGGCCUGUAUUAUUGCCACAUUGAGCACAAAGGGUGA